AUGGUGGUGAGAUUUUACUCAUACCUUCAAGGAAGAUCAAACCCUGAUGUCUCGCCCUACGGAAUUGAUUUUUUUCAGUCAAUACAUCCUUAUCGGUUUGAAAGCUCUGGGAUGGAAGCGCUGGUUGCAAUUCCCACUGCUGAGGAAAUCAAAAAUAUUUUGUUCCACCUGCCAAAGUGCAAAUCUCCGGGGCCGGAUGGUUUCUCUGCGGAAUUCUUCAUAACCUCUUGGGACUUGGUUGGCCAGGAUUUGAUAAAUGCAGUUCGGAAUUUCUUCCUUACUUCGGAAAUGCCAAGGCAAGUUAAUGCAACAUUCAUAUCUCUUAUUCCUAAGACCAUUGGAGCUUCUUCUCUUUCAGACUUCAGACCAGUAUCCCUCUGGAGAGCUCUAAGCGAUAAUGUGCUGCUUGCUUCAGAGUUAGUUGCAGAUUUUCACAAAACAGGGAGGACAAGAAGGGGUUGUCUCCAAGUAGACAUCUCAAAAGCCUUUGACAGUGUGGAGUGGGACUUUAUCCUUAAUAUUCUUUUUGCGCUGCAAGUACCACCUCCUUUUAUUGAAUGGAUAGAGGUAUGUAUUUCUUCUCCCUACUACUCUGUUGCCUUCAAUGGUGAGCUUGUAGGUUUCUUUCCUGGGAAGAAAGACUGUGUUGACCCUCUUGUAACUCAUUUAAGUUUUGCUGAUGACCUACUGAUAUUCUUCGACGGAUCAGCAGAAUCAUUACACGAUAUUCUCUCAGUUCUAAGAGACUUCCAGCGGAGCUCUGGCCUGGCAUUAAAUCUUCAGAAAACUUGCUUGUUUCUUGAUGGAAACAACAUGAUCAACUCGGCAGAUAUAGCUUCCUCAGUUGGUAUAUCCCAAGGCUCUCUCCCUGUUAGAUAUUUGGGGCUUCCAUUGCUUCCAAGAAAACUUCGCAGAGGAGAAUACCAGCCUUUGGUGGACAAAGUUCGAGCAAGAGUGCUUCUUGGACAUCACGACAGCUUUCUUUUGCUGGCAGAUGACUCUGCUCGUGGUGCAAAGGUAGCUUGGGAAUCAGUCUGCUCUCCUAAGGUCUGUGGUGGUUUGGGACUUCGUCGGUUGCAGGGAAUUAAUACUAUAUAUGGUAUUCAAAUGCUAUGGAAGAUCUUCUCAGGUUCAGACUCCUUAUGGGUUGCUUGGGUAAAGAAACAUUAUCUAAGUGACAACAUGUUCUGGAUUGCUGAUUUCUCAAACGUCGGGAGUUGGAUUUGGCGUAGCUUGAUGAAUCUUCGACAGACAGCAAGGCCUUUCAUCACAUGUCAUGUCAUAUCAGUGCGAACAGCUUCAUUUUGGCAUGACGACUGGACAAAUGCUGGUCCUCUUCUGAUACUCACAGGGCCCUUGGGACCUCAAGUAUCUGGAAUUCCUCUCGAUGCGACAGUCUCGUCAGUGGUAAGGGAAGAUGGUUGGUCUGUCUCUCGCAGGAGUAGACACUCUAUUCUUGUUACCCUUCGUGAUGUGCUUCCCGUACAACCUCCUGAUGUUCAUGACAUAGAGGACGAUUACUACUUGUGGAGAAACGAAGUAAACGAGCCUCCUUCACCGUUCUCAUUAUCAAGACUCUGGACAUCUCUAUAUCAAGAACCUCCUCGAGUUUCAUGGUACAAGGCUGUCUGGUUCGGUAAGCAAAUUCCUAAACAUGGAUUCAUUCUUUGGCUAGUCAUGAAAGACCGAAUGUGUGACUAUUCGUUGACGGUGUUGAGAACUAUGUUCGCAAGGAGUGGUCUUGCUAUCCCAACACAGAUUGCAAUGGUGGUUCCUUGGAUCAUAUCUAUUAGGCUGGAUAGAAAGCUAAAAACUAUCUACAAUCUGGUCAUUCAAGCUGCUGUCUACUUCAUUUGGAAAGAACGGAAUUCACGACUCCACAACCAGACUUCAAAGCCAGCUCACUCUGUUGUGAAAGAUAUCUACCUUCUCCUUAGAGCAAAACUAUACUCUCUCGAUAUGGAGCAAAGAGCUCUCCCCUCUGCUGCUCAAAGAAACCGGCGACAUUCAACGACGACUACUUAUCUCUUUCUCUGGUUUGAAAGGAUACAGGGUUAG